UCGGCAGCAGCACAACUGCAUCUGACAGCCAAGGUGUCUUUGUCACUCUUAACAAAGGGACAAAGUAUCGGGUAUUGCAAGAAUGGCUACAAAAUUUUACGACCUUACAGCCAAACUGUUAACGGGAGAAACAUUUAAUUUCUCCUCCCUGAAGGGCAAAGUAGUCCUCAUUGAGAAUGUGGCGUCUCUCUGAGGUACGACCAGCAGGGAUUACACCCAGAUGAACGAGCUCCACGAGCGGUACGCCGAGAAGGGGCUUGUGAUCCUGGGAGUGCCCUGCAACCAGUUCGGCCAUCAGGAGAACUGCAAGAAUGAAGAAAUUCUCGUGUCUCUGAAAUACGUCCGUCCUGGAAAUGGCUUUGAGCCAAAGUUUAACCUCCUGGAGAAAGUGGAUGUCAACGGCAAGGAUGCUCAUCCCCUGUUUGUGUUCCUGAGAGAAAAGCUCCCGUUCCCCAGCGACGAGCCAAGCGCCCUGAUGACUGACCCCAAGUGCAUCAUCUGGAGCCCGGUCUGCAGAAACGACGUGGCCUGGAACUUUGAGAAGUUCCUCAUCGGGCCGGAUGGAGUGCCGUUCAAGCGCUACAGCAGGAGGUUCCUCACCAGCGACAUCGAGGGAGACAUCAAGAAGCUCCUGAGCCAGGCUAACUAAUCCACCCGUCCUCCUUCACCCAUCCUACAGCUCCCACCUGCACCAGCACUACGUGCGCCUUAAGCUCCGUGUUUUUGUGUCCGUAGCUCCUGUAGAUGGCGUUUGGUUCUUCUGCAGACCGCCUGUGCUCUCUCGUACACGAUGGCUGAGUUCUGUUCUUUUACUACAUGAAGGCAUCCUCUGAAACCAAGCUAGUUGUGAGGGGGGGGGUCUGAUGAAAUGUAAAAGGCUGAAUGUUUUCAGAUGCAUUGUGUGCAUGUAAAGCACAGCUGUGUUUUGAUGUAUGAAGAGGAAUAAUAAUAAAAGUAUUUUUUCAACA